GGGUUACAAGGGAGCGGUGUAAUCCUAGGUUACAGGCAAGUCGUGUCCCGUUUCCACUAACAUCGAAUCGAAUCUGAAAAUUCCAGACACAGAAAUGAUAGAUAAGCAAAACUUUUCUCCGAUUCCUCCUUCCCCACCACCAACCUCACGUCUUUUAUCUUCCUGACCGUUGAUCUCUCUCUACGCCUUCGCAAAAUCUCUAGUAGGAAGAAUUGAGGAGGAGCCAUUUCAUUUUAUAUUGCUGAGCGUUGAUCUCUCUCUCUGCCUUCUUCUCAUGCAAAAUCUCUGAUAAUAAGAAGAAUAGAGGAGGAAGAAGUAGUUUCAUGGCAAAACGCCCCGCUGGAGAGAUAGCCGAAGAGGAUCAUCCUUACGAUUUCCAUGUCUCCGGUCCCCGCAAUCUUUCUUCGCCGAAUUGGAAAGACAUAAUCAGUUCUAGCUGGAAGGACGGCAACUACAAAAGAACAGUAAUGGCAUGCUUCAUACAGGCAGUAUACUUGCUUGAACUUGAUAGGCAAGAGAAGAAAACGGAAGAAAAUGGUCUAGCUCCGAAAUGGUGGAAGCCCUUCAAGUACAAGUUGGCCCAGACGUUAGUGGAUGAAAGAGAUGGCUCCAUAUUUGGAGCGAUUAUAGAAUGGGAUCGAUCUGCAGCACUGUCUGACUUCAUAGUGAUGAGACCGAGCGGUGCUCCACGGGCUGUUCUAGCACUUAGGGGAACAUUACUUAAGAGCCCAACAAUUAGGAGGGAUUUGGAAGACGAUCUUCGAUUUUUGGCGUGGGAAAGCUUGAAGGGGUCUGUUAGAUUCAAUGUAGCUUUGGAAGCUCUAAAAUCGGUCGUUGAUAGAUAUGGGAGCUGCAACGUAUGUAUUUCAGGCCAUUCAUUAGGAGCCGGCUUUGCGCUCCAAGUGGGUAAGGUAUUGGCCAAACAAGGGGUGUUUGUCGAGACUCAUCUAUUCAACCCACCUUCUGUUUCACUAGCUAUGAGUUUUAGAAACAUUGGAGAGAGAGCUGGAUUUGUUUGGAAGAGAAUCAAAACAAUGUUUCCUUCAUACGGUGAAGCUCAAUCCAAUUGUGCAGAAGAGAAGACUGCAGGGGAAGACAAGGUUUGUGCAGAAAUUAAGAAGUGGGUUCCACAUCUAUAUGUUAAUAACAGUGACUACAUCUGUUGUUACUACACGGAUCCAGCUGGAACCGCUGAGAGCCAUGUCAGCAUCGGCGACGCUCUUGAAAAGCCAAAGAUGGAAAUUCCGGGACACGUGUCAGCGAAGCUGUUUGUGAUGUCCAAGGGCCCAAAGAAGUUUCUUGAGGCUCAUGGGUUGCAGCAGUGGUGGUCUGAUGACAUGGAACUCCAACUAGCUAUCAAUAACAGCAAACUCAUCAAUCGGCAACUAAAAUCUUUAUAUACCCUCCCUCUGCAACCUCAAGGAAAGCCAAAUUAAGAAAAAAAUUCAAUUAUCAUUAUCUGUUUGCUGUGUUUCUUACUCUUCUUGAGUGUUAUUUUUACUCCCAUCAACUGUACUUAUGAUUGGGAAGCGAGUUCCGUGUUAUAAGAGUGGGUGUUUAUUCACCAAAAAGAAAAAAGAGAGAGAAAAAAAAAACUCAAAUAGGCUCUUCUUGAGUUAUUGUUAGAGAGUGGAUAUUGAUUAAUAAAAAUCUCAAAUACCCUUGAA